AUGUCUUCACACCCUUGGGAUCAGGACGGCCGUCCUGCACGCCGCCAGUCGAUUCCUUUGCAGAAUUUAGAUGGAUCUCAUCACGAUAGCCAACCCCCUCAAGGUGCUGGGCUCUCGGGCCAACACCUAGGCCUGUCUACUUCUCCCAACAUCGGCCAAACAGCAGGCAACUUGCCCGGCAUCUCGACCUAUUGGGAUCAGCCCUACGAUCGAUUCGACGAUGAUGUUAGUCCAGCGUCGCCGAUUGACCCGAUGGCCUUACAGGCCGCUCUCCCUCCGGGGAUGGAUGACCAUGCACCAUCCGCGCCGAUAAUACCAUCUACUCCAGUCCGCACCUACCCUCCCGCUCCAUACGUCGAAGAUGCGCCGAGCGCUGAGUACGCCGAGUCUGACCGAAUUCCUCUUACCUCUGGUGCCGAACCCAUAUCUGGCUCUUUGUCUGCCAACAACUUCGAUGAAAGACCACGGGAUAGCUUCCAGACGGUGUCGAGCAUCGAAAACAGCCCGGCACGGGGGCGAGAUACAAGAAGCCUUGGGCAAGAGCUGAGCGCCAGCUUUGGAUCUCCUCGACACCGCAGCUAUGGCGCUUCUUUGAACCCAAACGAAUACCGGCGGUCUCGAUCUCCGUCCACAUCGGGAGCCCUCUCGCGCGCUGGAUCUAUUGUCCGUGCGAUGUCACAACGAGUUGUCAACAUCAGCGGAGAAAGUGAAGUGAUUGAUCAUCGAGCUUCGAGGCAUCGUUCACGGUCCCCCAAUGGACUCGAACGCAAUAGUCACCGGGACACUGCCACUUCAAUGCUUGUCGACACCUCAUACCAGUCACAACUACAUCGUUCUCCAAGUGAGAAGUCGAGUAAUUCUCACUUCGAUGUAUCUGAAGCCGUUGUGGCAGACCUCCCGAGGCAGCCACCUCCCAAUCCUCUGAAGGGAAAGUCAUUGGGAAUCUUCUCGCCGGAUAACCCUUUGAGACUUCGACUUUGCGAUCUUCUAGUUAACCCAUUUACCGAGCCUUUCUUGCUGCUUUUGAUCGUUCUGCAGGCUAUCCUGCUUGCCGUUGAAGCUGCUCCAGACGUAUUCGCCGACGGGAAUGGACGCCCAGAUAGAUGGGGCAAGCAUGGUAUCGACUGGGCCAUGCUCGCGCUAUUCAUCAUCUUCACCCUCGAGAUCAUUUCACGUAUCAUCGUGUCUGGUUUUGUUCUAAACGCCGCCGAGUACAGCACGAUUGAUCGUAAACGUGGGGUCAGAGCAGCUAUUGCAGACCAGUAUCGUGCUGUUUUUCAGCCUGAGCGGCAGAAGUCGGUCAAGAAGACAUCACAACUCCAUUUUGAACCCUCUGCAAUUUCACGAUCCUUUACAACUUUCAUGCAGGGGCCGCAAUCUUUACCCCAGACUCUGGAGGACCAGCAACGGCAACAACUCGCUCGCCGAGCGUUUCUUCGUCAUUCCUUCAACCGAUUCGACUUUGUUGCUGUUGUCUCGUAUUGGAUCACUUUUUUCUUGAGCAUUACUGGUCUUGAGACUAAGCACAACCUCUACGCUUUCCGAAUGCUCAGUUGUCUCCGAAUCUUGAGACUGUUGGCCCUGACAAAUGGCACUGCUAUCAUCCUUAAAAGUCUCAAGAAAGCAACACCGCUACUCGUUCGCGUGGCGUUUCUGAUCACUUUCUUUUGGCUGCUCUUUGCUAUUAUUGGAGUGCAGAGUUUCAAGGCAAGCUUGAGCCGCCAAUGCGUCUGGAUUGACCCCCUCGACCCUACCAACCUGACGGCUUCGUAUACCAACGAGGAAGCUUUCUGCGGUGGCUUCCUGGACAACAGAACUGGCGAACCUUGGCCGUGGCAAAAAUUCAAUCAGUCCGAGUCGUUAACAGAUCUCAUGAACGGGACCAAUGAGGGGAAAGGGUUUCUAUGUCCUCGUGGCUCUAUAUGUCUUCAGCAAAGCAACCCGUUCAACGGCACAGUCAACUUUGACAAUAUUUUCAACUCCCUGGAACUUGUCUUUGUUAUUAUGAGCGCCAACACCUUCUCUGAUCUCAUGUAUUACACCAUGGGCUCGGAUUACUUUCAAGCUGCCCUGUUCUUCGGCGCGGGCAUCAUGAUCAUGAUGCUUUGGCUUACAAACCUGUUAAUUGCUGUUAUCACCUCUUCCUUUCAGGUCAUUCGUGAAGAGAGCAAGGCGAGUGCCUUUACAGUUGAUCGGGAGCCAUCUGGACAGUCUCGUUCUGAUGAGAGACUUCGGCGCACAUCUUCACUGCAGCGCAUCUACGACAAAACACGGCCAAUCUGGAUUCUCAUCAUCACUUUUGGAUUGAUAUGCCAAGCCUGCCGCAGUGCGGACAUGUCAAGAAACAGAGAACGCUUUAUCAACAACGCUGAAAUCGCUGUCACUAUAUUCCUCGAUAUGGAGAUGAUCCUUCGCUUCGCAGCUGAUUGGAAUUAUUUUCACAAAAGCUGGCGCAAUCUCUUCGACCUUGGCCUUGCAAUUAUUACUUCCGUCAUUUUGAUCCCACCCAUUCGUCAUACGAGAGCAUACGCCUGGCUAACGGUUUUCCAAAUCCUGCGGGUCUACCGAAUCGUCAUGGUCAUCCCCGUAACUCGAGAGCUCAUUCUACUCGUUCUGGGCAACGCAGCCGGUAUCGGCAACCUCAUGUUCUUUGUCUUCCUUGUAACGUUCUUGGUCGCAAUCUUCGCCGUCCAGCUGUUCAGAGGCGAGAUUCCCGUUUACGAAAAUGGCGACCUGAAUCGCAUUUCGUUCUACACCAUGUUCAACUCCUUCUUGGGCAUGUACCAAGUCUUGACGAGUGAAAACUGGACGGAGAUUCUCUACACGGUCACUUCCUACACAAGAUGGAAGAACACCUCGUGGAUCGGGGCUAUCCUACUCGUCGGCUGGUUCAUCGUUGCAUUCUUCAUUCUCGUCAACAUGUUCAUUGCUGUCAUUCAGGAAAACUUUGACGUGUCUGAGGAUGAGAAGCGCCUACAACAGGUCAAGGCCUUCCUUCAAAGGAGAGACCUUGGCACUUCCUCCAGUAACUUGGCACUUUCUACUAUCUUUGGGUUUUCAAGAUCGCGCAGGAACAAAGAUCCACUUGAUUAUGGACCGGCGACCGUGGAAAUGCUCCUCAAAGAUGCCGUGGUCCGCGAAUUUCUGGACGAUCAGAUGAAUCCUCAACGAUCCCGAGCUCCAACGGGCCCCAUGAGAAGCGCUACGACUUUGUUGGGUGGUGAAAUCAAGCCAGGGCGUCUCUCCGCCAUCUGGACAAAGGUAAAGAGACUGUUCACUAACGAUGAACCUAACCCAUUCUACUCAAACCUGCGUUUUGAUGGCGAGAACGAAACGUCAGACCCUCGACAGAUGGCUGAACAGGCAAUGUCUGCUACGAUGACUCGAAGGAGAGCUCAGCGGGAGUACCUUGUCAAGUAUCCCAGCUACAACACCUCCCUCUACUUGUUUGCGCCCACAAACCGCCUGCGUCGUCUUUGCCAAAGGGUUGUUGGACCAGCUCGAGGCCCUGAACGCAUAGAUGGAGUUGUGCCUGAUACCUUUCUAUGGUACACUUUCACCAUAUUCAUCUACGCAGCAAUCGUGGCAAUGGUGGUCCUGGCAUGUGUCACUACUCCCCUUUAUCAGAAGGAGUACCAGGAACAGCACGCUUUUAGCUUCAGGAAUUGGUACAUUUGGACAGACAUGGCAUUUGCCAUUAUCUUCACUCUUGAGGCUGGUAUCAAGAUCAUUGCGGAUGGGCUGCUAUGGACACCAAACGCAUACCUGCGUAGCUCCUGGGGAUUCAUGGACGCCGUGGUGCUGAUCACUCUCUGGAUCAAUGUCGUCACGCUACUCAUCAAUGACGGCGCGAUUUCUAGAGCCAUCGGAGCAUUCAAAGCUCUCCGAGCACUUCGACUCUUGAACGUCAGUAACAGUGCCCGAAACACUUUCCACGAUCUUAUUAUUGUUGGCUGGUGGAAAAUUCUAGGUGCUGCCGCUGUGUCCCUGUCCCUGCUGAUCCCGUUCGCCAUCUAUGGACUCAACCUGUUCAACGGCCUCUUGGUGACCUGCAACGAUGACGGCGAUGGAAUCGAGACCAUGGCCGAUUGUUAUGGCGAGUACACAAGCGCGCCGUUCAGUGAUGAAUGGGAAAUGCUCGCCCCCCGAGUUGCUGCAAACCCUUUCUUCAACUUUGACGACUUUGGCUCAUCACUGUUCAUCCUCUUCCAGAUUGUCAGUCAGGAGGGAUGGACGGAUGUAUCCUUUGCGGCCCAGGCGAUCACUGGUCUGAACAAGCAGCCUCAGCAGCUGGCCUCACAGGGCAAUGCCGUUUUCUUUAUUGUGUUCAACCUGUUGGCAACUGUCUUCGUGCUUACUCUGUUCAUCUCCGUCUUCAUGCGUAAUUACACGGAGCAGACAGGUGUGGCUUACUUGACGGCUGAUCAACGAUCCUGGCUUGAGCUGCGAAAGAUCUUGCGGCAGAUCUCCCCAUCCAAGAGUUCAUAUGAUGACUCGGAGGCGAGUUGGAAGAAGUGGUGUCACAAGAGAGCCAUUGAAAAGAAGGGCAAGUGGUACCAGACCAUCACAAUCACCCUCGUCCUGCACUUGAUCGUGCUGGUAUCAGAGUUCGCCUCGGAGCCAGAGUGGUGGACGAGAGCUCGUGACUUUGUCUUCUUUGCCUUCAUUCUCGCAUACACAGCCAACAUCACAAUCCGUAUCAUUGGACUGGGCUGGGCCCGAUUCCGCCGAAGCUCUUGGGAUCUAUAUUCUCUGUUCAUUGUGUUUGGAGCCUUUGUUUCGACUCUUGCGCUCCUUAUCUCAGACACCAGAGUGGAAACUUACGUCCAGCUGCAUAAGGUGUUCUUGGUCGCAAUUGUCUUGCUCCUGAUCCCUCGCAACGAUGCCCUCGACCAGCUGUUCAAAACAGCGGCGGCUAGUUUGACGGUGAUUGGUAACCUGCUGGCGACCUGGCUUGUGUUCUUCCUCGUCUUUGCCAUUGCAAUGACCCAAGCUUUCAGUUUGACGCGGUUUGGCGAAGACGGAACCAACAAUAUCAACUUCCGAACCGUCCCCAAAGCCUUGAUCCUGCUUUUCAGGAUGAGUCUCGGUGAGGGAUGGAACCAAGUCAUGGAAGACUACGCCAACAUUGAGCCGCCACUGUGUGUUGACGAGGAUAGAUUCUUCGACAGCGACUGUGGCAGCAAAUCAUGGGCCAGAAUCCUCUUCAUUUUCUGGAACAUUGUCAGCAUGUAUAUCUUUGUCAACCUCUUUGUGUCUCUCAUCUAUGAGAGCUUCAGUUACGUGUACCAGCGUUCGAGCGGUAUGUCAGCGGUUGACCGAGACGAAAUCCGGCGAUUCAAGGAGGCAUGGCGCAGCGUCGACCCGGCGGGUACGGGAUACAUCACGAAGGCGGCUUUCCCUCGCUUGCUGGGCGAGCUCUCUGGAAUCUUUCAGAUGCGCAUCUACGACCCCGAGGACAGCGUUGGCUCAAUUCUUGAGGAUAUCCGCAACGAAACAAAACUGACGCACCACUCAUCCAUCGCGACAACGAGUGCGUUCAGUGGAAUUGACCUGGACAAGCUCAACCAGCGCCUGGCCCGUCUAGAUGUCGAAAAGAUUCGACACAAGCGCCGCCAGUUCAAGACGUUUUACGAAGAAGUUCUGGUGACUGCAGACCCAGACCGCGGCAUUUCGUUUACAAGCGUGCUUAUGAUACUGGCUCAUUACAACAUCAUUAGCGACAACAAGAGCUUGAGGCUGGAAGAAUUCUUGCGACGUCGGGCACGACUUCAACGUGUAGACGACCAGGUCCGGCGAGGUGUAGUUUUGGGCUUCUUUGAUACUCUAUACUAUUCAAGGCAGUUCAAGAAACACAUGCAGCGUAAGCACUCGGCACGCAUGACGGCAAUUCCACGACUGGACAUUCCCGAGAUUCUGGUCGAGAAUGACUUGAGCGACGACGAGGGAGCUGGAAGAGCACCACGUUCUCCUCUGUCACCAGGGUCACGCAGGUCAAGCGUUGACGCAGGGGAGCCACGGAACUGGCUGGGAUCUGUGGAUCUAUCAUUACACGACAUGUCGUGGAGUCACCCUCUCAGCUUCCCCAGAGCGGCACCGCCAUCGCCGACUGCUCCAACAAGUCAGCCCACAGCUUUCAGCUUUGAGAUUGAGGAGGAUGAUCCUCACGACCAACCGGCAGCACCAGCACCAACUUCGAUGCCAUCAGCACGUGAGAGCCAACACAACAACCCCCCACAAGUCUCGGGAAUGCUAGACGGAUCAGUCUGGGGCGAGAGCAUGCUACGCAGAGCGACAGUCCGUAGAGCAGAGAACCGAGGAUCACGCUAG